GCAAGGCGGGGGGGGCCGGGGCUCCUGUGGCUUUUUCCGGGGGGUCCCGGCCCCGCACCCCUGCCCUUUCCUCUGGCGGCGAACACCACGAUGAUGUCCCUGAGCAGCAAGCAGCCCUUCGGCCUCCCCCACGGCAGCGGCAGCGGCGGCCUCCACGAAACCAAGUACUCGGCCCUGCACGCCGCCUCGCCCUGCCCCUCCGCCGCCGCCCCCGCCGACAGCUCCCCCAGCAGCACCAGCACCGGCGGCUCCGCCGGGCGCGGCUCCGGCUCCGGCUCGGGCGGCUCCGGCAGCGGCGGCGGCGCGGAGGCGAUGCGGCGGGGCUGCCUGCCCGCCCCCCCGAGCAAUAUAUUCGGCGGUCUGGACGAGAGCCUGCUGGCCCGCGCCGAAGCCCUGGCAGCGGUGGACAUCGUCUCCCCGAGCAAGAGCCACCACCACCACCACCCGCCGCACCACAGCCCCUUCAAGCCGGACGCCACCUACCACACCAUGAACACCAUCCCCUGCACCUCGGCCGCCUCCUCCUCCUCGGUGCCCAUCUCCCACCCGUCCGCCCUGUCGAGCACCCACCACCACCACCACCAUCACCACCACCACCACCACCAGCCCCACCAGGCGCUGGAAGGGGAACUCUUGGAGCACCUGACGCCGGGCUUGGCGCUGGGGGCCAUGGCAGCCCCCGACGGCGCCGUGGUCUCCACGCCGGGCCACGCUCCGCACAUGGCCGGGAUGAACCCCAUGCACCCGGCGGCGCUGGGCAUGGCCCACGCCCACGGGCUGCCGGCUCAUAUGGGCUGCAUGAGCGACGUGGACGCCGACCCCCGCGACCUGGAGGCCUUCGCCGAGCGCUUCAAGCAGCGCCGCAUCAAGCUGGGGGUGACCCAAGCCGAUGUGGGCUCGGCGCUGGCCAACCUGAAGAUCCCCGGGGUAGGGUCCCUCAGCCAGAGCACCAUCUGCCGCUUCGAGUCGCUCACCCUCUCCCACAACAACAUGAUCGCCCUCAAACCCAUCCUGCAGGCCUGGCUGGAGGAGGCCGAGAAGUCCCACCGCGAGAAGCUGGCCAAGCCCGAGCUCUUCAGCGGAGCCGAGAAGAAGCGCAAGAGGACCUCCAUCGCCGCCCCGGAGAAGCGCUCGCUGGAGGCCUACUUCGCUCUCCAGCCCCGUCCUUCCUCCGAGAAGAUCGCUGCCAUCGCCGAGAAGCUGGACCUCAAGAAGAACGUGGUGCGCGUUUGGUUCUGCAACCAGCGCCAGAAGCAGAAGCGCAUGAAAUACUCUGCCGGCAUCUGAGCCGGGCAAGAACCGACUCCUCGGCAUCAUCAGAAAAAAACCCCACAACGAUAAAAUGAAACAAACCACAACGAAUAAAGGAAAGGAGGAAAAAGCAAAACACGCACCCCAGCCCACCUCCCCCCCCUCAGCCCACCCGACCCCAACUUUGGGGGGAAACUUCCCCGCGGAGCCGCCGCCCGGACCCGCCCCGGCAAGUACCGCUGGUUUUUGUUCUUAAAGGACCUCGCGGGAGGUGCCCCUCGCAGCGGGUUGUGCCACGGGUUGUCUCGGGACCCAAACUUGAAGCUAGAGUUGAGGCUUGCGCCGCGAGAGACGUCUCAAAAAGUAUUUUGAUUUAAAUAAUAAUAAUAAUGAUUUAAAAAAAUAAUAUGGCAGGUUUUUCUGCGUUUACACUGCGUAUUAUAAAUAUAUAAAUAUAUAUAUAUUUUUACUGUGGUUAUUAUCCUUUUCCUUCUCUGAAGUUAUAACGCUUAGGGAAAGAGCUGAUCCUGCUGUGUUCACUGGUCUUCAAAAGCUAUUAUUAGAUUACUGCCAAACAACCCCUUGUAAAUUAUUAAUUUCUCUCUCUAGCAACUUCAUUUUGUGCUCAUUCUAAUUAAUUACACCUCUUUAAUCUAAGUCUUGAUAAAAGUGAAAAAAAAACCUGAUAGUGAGAAUCAAAUAUUUUGUGUUGGUAGGAUUUAUGAACGUGAGCUUUUUCUCUUCUUCUUCUGAACGUCCCUUUUGGCCAUCUGUAAAUUGUCACCUGAACCUAAGGUAUUUCUCUGGCGAGUAUUUCUUAUUCGUACGGCGUCGGCACCCUGUAGUAGAUGUCCUACAUUAUUUGUGUAGCCUGAUUCACUGUCCCGGGUAUUUGUUUACCGCGUUACAUAUUUAAUGGGGGUUCCCAUAUUGUCCCCAGCACACGCUGCUUCCAAAGCGAGAAUGGACGUGGCCGCGUAGGUGACAGCGCGUGUAUAUGGGUUUGUCCCUUCGGGUUUCUUGCCAGCACAAUAUUCGUCUUUCUCGAUUUCAAAGCUGUAUCGCGACGGUGUUCAGACCGGCUCGGUUAUCUAUCUAUCUAUCUAUCUGAUUGCUUAUUUAUUUAUUUAUGUUGUCGGUCGGUCGGUUAUUUAUUACUUUUAAUUGCAAUACUUUUCCACGGAGGAAUGUCCCUUUUGGAGGGCUGUUUGUAGAAAAGCCAAAUUGAAAUUUGUAGAAAAGGGAGCUAGCGAGCGAGGCUGCACUGCUUGUAAAUUCACAAACGGUUUGGUACAUUUCUUUUGGAACAACAACAAUAAAACAAGGGUACUCGGUUGGGUACCUGUAUGUAUUGUAAAUAUUUCAUUGGCGUUGACGCACAUAUAGAUAUAUUCUUACAGAUUCCGCUGUAUCGCUGUUCUCUCCGAGAUUGUUUGAAGUCUUAAGUUCUGUACAUGACCCGAUUUCGUUGGGGUUUGGGUUUCUUUUUGCUUAAU